UUCGCCACUGUUGACUACCGGGAACAUGGCGGAGACCGGGGCGGCGGACGACUCCUGCCAGACUGCAAGGAGAGAGUAGCAAACGGCCGACAGCCUGACAUUACGAGACACACAUGCUCGCCUGUUCGUCCGCGGCGAGUUGACACUUCGCUCUGAGGCUGCAGCCAGACUCGUCAGUGCGCUGAGGCAGCUGUAGACCCUCGCUGAGAGCCCCUGAGCGGCUCUGUGCCGAAAUGAAGUAGCAGUUAGCGGAGCGCUUUGGAGAGGCCAUGUUAGUGGAGUUUUAUAUGCGGACAGCACCUCAGGCUCACAGUCUGUCAGCUCUUCUACCAACUUAGCUACCCUGAGGCCACAUUUCUCUGUUUUGUGAGGAACGCGUCGGGUCCUUGUUGAUUUUGCACACUGCAGUGAGUGUUUAUGGGUGCUGUUCGAUUAGCCAGCCACGCAGCUCGCUAGCCGAGUUAGCUAAUGAUACUUGGGUUAGCUCGUCUUCUCCUCUUCCUGGGCCUCUGGAAAUGUUCUUCGCUUGGCAUAAACUGUACAGUUUCAGAUGACAACAUGAGGGUUUUCUGGCUAUAACUGUCCUGAACAAGGCUUUUAUUUCCGGUUCGUUGGAACAGUGGGUUAGUUGUCAAGUCAGCGACACUACUGAGCUCGGCUGCUAACGUUACAUUUCCAAUAUUUCGCCAAUGUCUUCGUUUCUCACUGAUGAUUUCAAGCUCCCUUGUCAUCCGAACUCGUUCCUUUAAGCUAAACAUGUGUAAAGUCUUGAACCUCACUGUUGGAUCACCCCAUAUACCAUGCUGGGGCUGCCCACCCGCCUUGGCCUCUUAACCUGCGGGAGAUUUGCCUUGCCUCCCCAGCCUUCCUGCCUACUGGCCCCAGGUGCUCUCGCUAGUAUGUACGCCACACGUCUGUACAGUGGAGGAGGAGGCAAGCCGGGCCGUCGCGUAGGCCUGAUGGGCGGAGGACAACCCAUGCUGGAGAACCACCACCACCCCCUACCUCCUCAUCACCAUCCCCAUGUUCCCCCACCCCCAAGCUACCCGCCGCUCUACCAGGGUCGUCUAGACUCCCACCGCCCCCACUACCAAACCCACCAGCACUACCACACUCACCCCCAGCCCCCUCAUCUACCCCCUCCUCACUACCAGCCACACGCCCACAUACAUCACAGCAAGAAGAAAACUUGGAACUUCAUCCAUGAGAAGAUGAGCUACGAUACCUUCUUCACCAUGAAGCGGCUGAUCGAUCGCUCACGCAGUGUGGACGAGGUGCUCCGCUGGGUUACCCAAAACCCGGGUAAAAUUUCGCACAAUCACUACCCGAUCGCUCUGCAGAAGAUUGGCCAGCUCCUGGUGCUUCAGCAGGCCGGAGGGAUGGGUGCUGGCGGAGGGGGGAGUGGGGGCAAUAAUAGUGGGGGAACCGGAGAGGCAGCCUUGCCCUCGCCCCCUGCUGGAAGUUCAGGUGAAGGUGCUACUCGACAGAUUCUGGAUCACCCAGACUUCCAGACACUCUGUGACGCCAUUGUUAACGACUGCUCCAAGUUUGACAACUUCAGCAUCGUCAACUGCCUUUAUGCUGUGGCUGCUCUUGGGUUGCCCUGUGACUCUCAAAUAGUGCAGGUGCUGGAAGAGGAAUCACAGGGCCGCCUGUCACAAUUCAACCAGAAGGACAUCUCCAUGGUGUUCAGCAGUAGCAUGAAACUGCACCCUUCCAGCCAGCACCCGCUCAUCGAGUCCUGUCUAGCAGGCCUGGAAAAGAACAUUGAGCGUGAGCGACACCCACAAACGCUCUUCCUCCUCCUUUCCUACUACCGCACUAAGUGGCGAGCACUGCAGGCAGGCGACAGCGGCUCGGCUGAGCAACUGGUGGUCAACCGCAAGAUUUUACGGCUGGUGAAGCACACGCUGGCCAGUGUCAGCUGUGUCAGGGAUCAUGAGAUGGCCCUGCUGGACGAGAUGCUGGCGGCGUGCGCCUGCGAGGCCAGCAACAAGAGCCUUGAGCUCAUCUUCAGCUCCCAUCUCUUCUACCAGAACAGGCAGGAGAAGUUCAUCUGCAGUCUGGCCGAGGAGCUGCCUAAAAAGGUCGACAGCAUAACCCCUUACACCAUGGCCCUUAUUGCUAAAUAUAUCGCCCGACAUCGCCUCAGAGAAACACGCCUUCUAGACACUAUCGCUGAGUUCCUGGUCAAAAAGGGCGAAUACCUAGAUAGCAAGGUUAUCCAGAAGUUAGUGUUCCCCUUCAGCCGUAUGAGUUACCGGCCGCCUAACGAGGCUCAGUUUUUCUCUAAGCUGGAGAUGGUGCUGGAGCUGAAGGCUCUGAGUUCACCGCUGGCCACCGUCAACAUCCUUAUGUCCCUCUUCCAGUUAGGGCACUUCCCCAGCCUGGUGCUCCACCGUGUCUUCUCCCCGUCCUUCAUCAGCAACGUCACCAACAGUCCAUAUGCUCUGAUUGUGCGGCGGUACCUGUCCCUGCUGGACGCUGCGGUGGAGCUGGAGCACAGAGAGUACACGGGCCCACGCCUGCAAGACUCCCACAAAGUGCUCAUGUUCGAACAUGCGCUCACUGCAGAUGAGGUCAAUCGCAAGUACAGUUACAAAGGUCUGGUUGCAGAGGCGCUCCGGCAGUUGGUUGGAGAGCAUGGUUACAAACAGGAUGAAGUUCUGGCUCCAGGAUAUUACACAGAUUUCCUGCUGUGGAUAGACCAUGCAGGUCGUGUUCUUCCAAUCAGAGCAGGGUCAGCCGCGGUCUCGUUGAGGGUGGACUCUUCAUGUACCGUAGUAAACCCCAAAUCGCCGGACGGCUCUAACACUGUCACUGCCCUCACCUCCGACUUCCAGAAGUUCUCUCCCUUCUCACCACCUCUGGAGGAGGGGGCCGACAAACCGCCUGGCCAAGACUCUGCCUUCCUGCCCUCCCACAUGCGGCCUUCGGGGCCCACCGGGCAGAGAGUGGGCACUAAUGGAGCAGUCCCACUGGACUACAACCCUUACUACACCACCUCAGAUUACUACUCCACAUUGGCCAAGGAGCACUCUCUAGAGAGCCAGGACAGCUCCACCCUCAGCAGCCCAUCAGACUGCCUGGCCCAGGCCAGCUCUGCCAUGCCUGGGACCACCGCCCCACAGGACUCCCUCUUCCAGUUCUCCAUCGGGAAGAUCCUGGAGGAUGAAGGAGGCACGCCCAUCCCAGCAGGGGCCAAUCCAGGAGCGGACUGUGAGAUCACACCAUUUUACGAGGGCGUGACAUACGAAGGAGGAGAGAGUGAUGUAGUGACAGCCACUCCACUCCAGCUUCACCCUACAGACCCAUCUGAGACAGAAAGGACCUCCGGGGAGCAUGUUAAAAGGGUGAUCAUGUCUGUAAAUGAUAAGUGGCACUACUGCCACAACUCUGACGUACUAGUGGGCUCCAGGGCCAUGAGAGACCGCCACCUGCAGCUGCUAGGUUACGUUAUUCUACAGUUGCCCUACCUGGAGUUGGAGAAGCUGAAUGGAAUUGAGGAAGUGAAGCAGUACCUCCACAAAAAACUCCUGGAGGUUCCGUUAUGACAGUGGAAAAGCAGAGCGGGGUGUGUGUGUGUGUGAGCAUGUGCAACCUUCAGUUUAGAGAGGCUUUGUUGUUUUGAGGAAAGACUAUUUUGUGUGUGUGUGUGUGUUUGUUUGUCUGUUUGUCUGUCUGUCUGUCUGUGUGUUUGUGCACACAAGAUAUGAACAGUCCUAGUUUUUAGGACGGGUUGUGGUGACACUAAGACAGUGGGUGGGAUUGUCUUAGUCAUCUACUUAGGGAAAGGGAUUGAUGACACCUCUGGGCAAAAUCUAAAACAAAGUUUCUAAAAGCAAAUUAUAAUACGUAUACCUUCACUUUGAGGAAUUCCUACUACUGCACUGUCACAUAGCCAGAGCCUGGUGUCUUUGCCGGUGCUUAGUAGGACACAAUGCUGCUUCUUAAACUGACGACUCAACACCAUGCUGUUCUCAGUAGGCUUGGGUUAUAAGCUGGCACUUCAAAACACGCUACUUUGUCACGAUACAGGGAUCACAAUACCAUAAGUGUGAGGUUUUUGUUUUUUCUUUAUUUCUUUCUUAAUGAAACAGUUGUUUUUAGUGCACAACACAAUAAAGGUCGAUAAAAGAAGCUGCAUUAUGCCAACCAAUGAUAGUGAAAGACAGAGAGCUGAGUACAUAAAUAAAUCUCACUGCAGCUGCUGCUAUGUUGAUAGUUGUAUCAUUGAGAGUUUAAUUUCAGUAUGUUGCUGUAUCUAUAUAUUGAGUGCAGCUUUAGUUCUCAGUGGAGAACUGGUAACGAUGCCUGGUUGUAUUUUAAACAUCAAAGUAGCGUCGACUCUAGCUGUCCUGAAUUCCGCGGUCACACCUGAACCAAAUGCCUUUUCUCCCUAGAAUCAAUCAGAGUGCUCCUGAUUUCCUUCUGAUCUCUAGACACAGUUUGAGGGUGCUAGUUGAUAUAUUUUAUGUUAGAUCUUCAAAGAAGGUGCUUUGAGAAGUGGCUGUACAGGUUUUGGAGGCUAGACUCAGUUGUCUCUCCAAAGACUGGUUUUAUAUUUUGUCCAGAUUGAGUGUUCCUUGGUCCAUUCUAGUUUUUGGUUUGCUUAAAGGUGAGGUUCAGGCACGCUGUUACUCGUUUAAGAUAUUUGUCCCACCCGCUAGAUCUCCGCUAGUGGUUUUAUCUCCCAUGUUGAUAAUCUGUCUCUCGUUAGUGUUUUAAACCAUCCAGGGGACAGGUUGGGGGCGGACACUAAGAUUGCCUUGUUUGAGGCAGACAGGAUAAAUGGUGAGUUUUAUGAAAGAGUAAAACUUAUAGGAGUAAAUUUGGGCCAGGGUGAAAUUACAGAUGGGAAUCUGUUCCUGAAUUUCAGCUGCAGCCAUGAAAAAAAAAAAAAGCCUGCUCUUUUCAC